AUGGACCGAAAUAUCCAAAGACGGAGCACCGUCUCAGUGCAGUCAACUGCCCCUUCUUCCCUGCGCCAUUGCUCAUUUCCCUCCUCUUCAAACACCUCGCCUCCGACCGAGACGGCCUCCCUCAAACCCGAACCGAAGCUGAAGCGCCGGUCUGCUCCCCCAAAGCCUCUUGCCCUCGCCCGGGUCAAGGGAACCGUCGCCAUGGACUCUUCGCCGCAAAUGAAUUCAGAAAUGUCGUGGUUGAACGACGCUUCACCGAUGUCGAUGACCCCCAGGACCGCAACGCCGAGAACGCCGCAGCGAUCUGGCGCCGGAACUCCGGAACCUGUCCCUCCAUCGCUCGUCAACCCUUCUUCGGCCCUUCUCCAGGAUCUUCUCAAAGAACAACGCGCAAAUCGAGUUCCCAAGGGAACUGCGUCGGAGGACGCUGGUCAGGGCGCCCCGCGCACGCCAGAACGAUCUCACUCCCGGCCCCAGUCUCGAUCUCAAUCCCCCGCACAGUCCCAGUCGCAAUCCCGAUCGCAGUCGCAGGAAGAGGUGGGCUCGGAGAAACAGCGGAAAAUUCAGACCGCGCUUUCGUCGGGUCUCAGGCAGCCGCAUGAAAUGGGGGUCAGAGAAAUGGGCGAGUACGUCUCCAAGAUUAAUAAACAAAACUUCGACUUGAAGCUCGAAAUAUUCCACCGUGUGCAACAAAUGGCCACUUUGGAGAAGAAACUACAGCGUAUGGAGCAACUGGAAGAGGAACUUGAGCGCUUGCGAGGCCUGGAAGACGAGGUUCAAGAACUGAGGGAUGCCGAGUCAGAUAACCAGCGACUAAGGGAAUCCAAUGAGCAACUACGACAUGAGGUUGACAAGCGGGACCAAGCAAUCACCGAGGCCGUAGAUAUGAUCUGCCUUCUGGAGAAUAAAGUGGCCCAGUUGGAAGCUGGGGAAAAUCCAUCGACACCUUCUACCACUCGCGGGUUCGAAGACGACGAUCCCGGUGCUACGACUCCCAGGCAGAAUACCACGUUUGCCGCUAUUGACAUCCCGGAGAGAACAUCCUCGUGGCGGGGUACUGCCCGUUCGAAGCAUCGGCGGUCAUCUUCGGAUUCGCAUCAGCUCAAGCGAGCUCCCUCAUUGUUGUCCGAUGAUCAUAAGAGUCCCACAACACUGCAGACCACCUCAGCUACAGCCGACGACCGGUCUCGUUCAGCCUUGAGUGACAUGACGAAAUCAGAAAGUCUGCAAUCUAUGAGUGAUUUCCUCGAGCCCGAGUCCCCACGGCUUAGUGCUCUGAGCGAAUGCAGCGAAUUGUACCCGCAUGAAGAAGCAAGCGAUCGGUUGGAUAUCCCGAUCAAAGAGCGAGACUCAUCAGGGGUCUCGGAGGCUCCCAAAGGAACGGUUGAGGAUUCCGCCAGUAAAAGCCUGAUUGAAUCUUGGAUCCAGCCACAACGUGAUGCCUUCCUGGAAGAUGUGCCGGAACAGGAUAUAUUGCCCUCAAAUCUUCUCAGACAGACGGGUAAACCAAGCUUUGACAGUGACUCAUACAAUAGCUCGAGCCAGAAAACACGAGUGGAUAGCGUGUUUGGAGGUUCGAGAUUACCCCCUACUCCAGACACUAUGAGUACGGCGUACGCCACUGGUCCCAACCGGUCGAACGGCAGCAUUGUUGCGGAAAAGAGCCUUGUUGAUCAAGCUAUGACGGCCGGACACGGUCGUCCGCGUUCUGCAGGGGCACUUACAACGAGGCGUAACUCCACUAACAGUGCAGCGGUUGGUAGCGUGGAUAUGAAUGUAAGUGAUGCCACUUUACAUCGACCUGACACCGAUGAGGAAGAAUCGCCUACUUUCUUCCCCUUGAACAGCCUCACAUCGCGGGAUAAAAGGCUAUAUUGCCCAGAAACCCUCGACAAGAAGAGCCUUGGGUAUAUUGGCCAGAAUGCAUUUCUCAAUGGUGAAGGCCUUGACAGGGUUCUUUCAAAGCUCGAUAAUAGCUACUAUGGGUCCAUGGCACAGGAUGAAUCUGACAGCUCCUUGUCUUCAUCGCCUCCUUUGACGCCCCAAGAUUGGGUUGAGGCUUCUAAGCCGGAUGCCAAACGCCGACGGGACAAGUCUGCUAUGAUGCCUGUUGUGCCUAAAUCGAAAAACCCCCGACCUCAGGAGACGCGAAUCACCAGCCAGUCUUCUUUUAUUGGUCGUCGGCACAGCAUCGAUAGCACCAUCAGGGACUCGGAUGUUCCCAUGAUUCCCACACUGGAUAUACAGUCGCUAGAGUCUGGCUUGGAGCCUGGGCCCGAACUAGAUCGUCGGAUGAUCGGACGCAAGAUUAGCAUCCGCCCUCCUUUCUUUGCACGUUCGGCGCCCCCUCGUCGUCUCCAGCCCUCCCUAAUGUUCGAUGGUUCGGAUUCAGACGAUGGAGCUCCUCCUCCCAUUAUUCGUAAAGCACGCGAUGACAAUCCAGCCAAACCAACUAAGACGGUUUUCAAAGCCGAAAGCAAUAGUUCCAGUUUCUCUUCGUCUGUGCCAAUGCCUGCCGACGCCAAACGGGGAGAUAUUCAUCGGACAUUGCCACACUCCUUUACCGAAUCCGGCUUCAUGAACAAUGCAGUGGCCAAACCGCCGCCGCCCGACCCCAAGGACCACAAGCGGCGCAGUUCCCUUGGAAUCUUCAGCUGGGUGAAAGGAGCUAGCGGGCUUGGGAAGAAGGCGGAACCAGAGCUUCCCGUGAAGGCCAGCGCGCCCAGUACUGCCUUGGUCAAGAGCAGACCUCCUCGGGCGACUCCAGAGUCAGGAAAGAGUGCUUCUGACUCCGGUAGAACCAUUGAGAUGGGCGCGAUGAACGUUGCCAUUGAUGACAUUGCCUCGAAGUCCAAACAUUCAAACCACGACGAAGAAACAGGCCGACGACCAAGGUACAUCGACCGACGGGCUCGUCGCGGCUAA